CCUCUAAAUUCCUCCUGGCUCCUACUGCCCUUUGGGCAUUUCUGGACGCUUUUAGACAGUGUUCAUACUUGGCUGUCUGGUUUCACCAGGAACCCUCCUCAAAAGAGGAAGCAGCAAGAACCUCUGCUUUGUUUGCAGGAAAGUGCUCGAGCUACAAGCAAAUCUUUAGGCAUCUGAGGAAUCGUGAAGCUUCUAGAUUUCAUAUGGUUGCUGACAGGGAGGGGCAGACAAGGCCCUUCUUGCAUUCCUCACCAUGGAUAAUCUGUUGCCUCAGUCUAGAUUCUCUUAUUUCAAAAACUAUCCUCUCCAUGUAAUUAGGAAAUAUUUAUCGAUGCUGAGAAACCAAAGAGCCGAAGAACAGGUUGCACGUUUUCAAAAAAUUCCUAAUGGUGAAAAUGAGACAAUGAUUCCUGUAUUGACAUCAAAAAAAGCAAGUGAAUUACCAGUCAGCGAAGUUGCAGGCAUUCUCCAAGCUGAUCUUCAGAAUGGUCUGAACAAAUGUGAAGUCAGUCAUAGGCGAGCCUUCCAUGGCUGGAAUGAGUUUGAUAUCAGUGAAGAUGAGCCGCUGUGGAAGAAGUAUAUUUCUCAGUUUAAAAAUCCCCUUAUUAUGCUGCUUCUGGCUUCUGCAGUCAUCAGUGUGUUAAUGCAUCAGUUUGAUGAUGCCGUCAGUAUCACUGUGGCAAUACUUAUCGUCGUUACAGUUGCCUUUGUCCAGGAAUAUCGUUCAGAAAAAUCUCUUGAAGAACUGAGUAAACUUAUGCCACCAGAAUGCCAUUGUGUGCGUGAAGGAAAAUUGGAACAUACGCUUGCACGAGACUUGGUUCCAGGUGAUACAGUUUGCCUUUCUGUUGGGGACAGAGUUCCUGCUGACUUACGCUUGUUUGAGGCUGUGGAUCUUUCCAUUGAUGAGUCCAGUUUGACAGGAGAGACAACACCUUGUUCUAAAGUGACGGCUCCUCAGCCGGCUGCAACUAAUGGAGAUCUUGCAUCAAGAAGUAACAUUGCCUUCAUGGGAACACUGGUCAGAUGUGGCAAAGCAAAGGGUAUUGUCAUUGGAACAGGAGAAAAUUCUGAAUUUGGAGAGGUUUUUAAAAUGAUGCAGGCAGAGGAAGCGCCAAAAACCCCUCUGCAGAAGAGCAUGGACCUCUUAGGAAAACAGCUUUCCUUUUACUCCUUUGGUAUAAUAGGUAUCAUCAUGUUGGUUGGCUGGUUACUAGGAAAAGAUAUCCUGGAAAUGUUUACUAUUAGUGUAAGUUUGGCUGUAGCAGCAAUUCCUGAAGGUCUUCCCAUUGUGGUCACAGUGACUUUAGCCCUUGGUGUUAUGAGAAUGGUGAAGAAAAGGGCCAUUGUGAAAAAACUGCCUAUUGUUGAAACUCUGGGCUGCUGUAAUGUGAUUUGUUCAGAUAAAACUGGAACACUGACGAAGAAUGAAAUGACUGUUACUCACAUAUUUACUUCAGACGGUGUGCAUGCUGAGGUUACUGGAGUUGGCUACAAUCCGUUUGGGGAAGUAAUUGUUGAUGGUGAUGUCGUUCAUGGAUUCUAUAACCCAGCUGUUAGCAGAAUAGUUGAGGCAGGCUGUGUGUGCAAUGAUGCUGUAAUUAGAAACAACACUCUAAUGGGAAAGCCAACGGAAGGAGCCUUAAUUGCUCUUGCAAUGAAGAUGGGUCUUGAUGGACUUCAACAGGACUAUAUCAGAAAAGCUGAAUAUCCUUUUAGCUCUGAGCAAAAGUGGAUGGCUGUUAAGUGUGUACACCGAACACAGCAGGACAGACCAGAGAUUUGUUUUAUGAAGGGUGCUUAUGAACAGGUGAUUAAGUAUUGUACUACGUACCAGAGCAAAGAGCAGACCUUGACACUCACCCAGCAGCAGAGAGAUCUGUACCAACAAGAGAAGGCACGAAUGGGCUCAGCAGGGCUCAGAGUUCUUGCUUUGGCUUCUGGUCCUGAACUGGGACAGCUGACAUUUCUUGGCCUGGUGGGAAUCAUUGAUCCUCCUAGAACUGGUGUGAAAGAAGCUGUUACAACACUUAUUGCCUCAGGAGUAUCGAUAAAAAUGAUUACUGGAGACUCACAGGAGACUGCAAUUGCAAUCGCUAGUCGUCUGGGAUUGUAUUCCAAAACUUCCCAGUCAGUCUCAGGGGAAGAAAUAGACGCAAUGGAGGUCCAGCAGCUUUCACAAAUAGUGCCGAAGGUUGCGGUAUUUUACAGAGCUAGUCCAAGACACAAGAUGAAAAUUAUUAAGUCUCUACAGAAGAAUGGCUCGGUUGUAGCCAUGACAGGAGAUGGCGUAAAUGAUGCAGUUGCUCUGAAGGCUGCAGACAUUGGAGUCGCAAUGGGUCAGACUGGCACAGAUGUCUGCAAAGAGGCAGCAGACAUGAUCCUGGUGGAUGAUGAUUUCCAAACCAUAAUGUCUGCAAUUGAAGAGGGUAAAGGGAUUUAUAAUAACAUUAAAAAUUUUGUUAGAUUCCAACUCAGCACGAGUAUAGCCGCAUUAACUUUAAUCUCACUGGCUACCUUAAUGAACUUUCCUAAUCCUCUCAACGCCAUGCAGAUAUUGUGGAUCAAUAUUAUUAUGGAUGGACCUCCAGCUCAGAGCCUUGGAGUAGAACCGGUGGAUAAAGAUGUCAUUCGUAAACCUCCACGCAACUGGAAGGACAGCAUUUUGACCAAAAACCUGAUACUUAAAAUACUUGUUUCAUCAAUAAUCAUUGUUUGUGGGACUUUGUUUGUCUUCUGGCGGGAGCUACGAGACAAUGUGAUAACACCUCGAGACACAACAAUGACCUUCACGUGCUUUGUGUUUUUCGACAUGUUCAAUGCACUAAGUUCCAGAUCCCAGACCAAGUCUGUGUUUGAGAUUGGACUCUGCAGUAAUAAAAUGUUUUGCUACGCAGUUCUUGGAUCCAUCAUGGGACAAUUAUUAGUUAUUUACUUUCCUCCACUCCAGAAAGUUUUUCAGACUGAGAGCCUAAGUAUACUGGAUCUGCUGUUUCUUUUGGGUCUCACCUCAUCAGUGUGCAUAGUGGCUGAAAUUAUAAAGAAGGUUGAAAGGAGCAGGGAAAAGAUCCAGAAGCAUGUUAGUUCGACAUCGUCGUCUUUUCUUGAACCUUCUGAACUAGUUUCCCUUGGUGCUUACCGAGUUAGGUCUGGCUCUGGGAGAGGCGUGGACAGCAGCUGGUUGAGAUACACCCCCAUCUGCAGACAGCACUGCCACUGAGAGAAGAUGUGAGCUGUGUCUAAAUCCAGUCUCGUUCCUGGCCUCGUCUGCUCCUUCACUCUUUGGAACUCUUCGUACAACAUCUUAGCACCAUCCUCCCGCAGAUCUUCCUUAUCUAGAUAAAGAAACAACCCAAGGGCAGUAUUUUCAAAGACAUUGUAUCUGCUUGUAAUUUUCUCCAUAUAUAAAACUUCAAAUUCCAUAGGGAAAAAAUUAGUUUAAAUAACAAAAUGCUUUUCUCUUCUGGCUCUUUACUAUUUUAACGUCACUGUAAAAGCCUUGCUGUAUAAAUUGAAAUAUUUAUACUGAAAUGCCUUUUAAUGACAACCUAACUUUAUUCAACUCCAAAUUAUUUUUUUCCUUAAAAUAAUAUCUCUUCCAGUUUCUGCUACCUGACUUUAAACACAUCUGCAUCUGAACUCUCCAAACCCUAAAUCUGUCUCUAUGGAAAAUACAAAUUACUAUUAAAUAUCAUUCUCUUUAC